AUGGCUGAACCACAAGUAGCCUAUGCUCAAGAUGAGUAUGGGAGACCAUUCAUUGUUGUUCGCGAACAGGGAAAGAAGACGAGAGCACAAGGUAUUCAAGCUUUGAAGAAUCAUAUCGCAGCAGCAAGAACGGUUGCACAAAUUGUAAGAACAUCUUUAGGACCUAGAGGAUUGGAUAAAAUUCUCAUCAGUCCAGAUGGAGAUAUUCAAGUCACAAAUGAUGGUGCAACAAUCAUGCAGAAUAUGGAAUUAGAAUCCCAGAUUGCAAGAUUGAUGGUUCAAUUGUCUUCCAGUCAAGAUGAUGAAAUUGGUGAUGGAACAACCGGUGUGGUUGUAUUGGCAGGUGCGCUAUUGGAACAAGCCGAAUCUCUAUUGGAUCGCGGUAUUCACCCAAUCAGAAUUGCUGAUGGAUACGAACGUGCUUGCAAUGUCGCUGUUGCUCAAUUAGAGAAAGUGGCUGAUAAGGUAGAAUUCGGAGCAGGAAAAGAUGAACAAACAGAAUUGAUGAAGACCGCAAAGACAUCUUUGGGCAGUAAAAUUGUUUCGCAAUUCUCCGACAAAUUCGCACGUAUUGCAGUCGACUCGGUUCUAUCAGUUGCCGAUUUGGAACGUAAGGACGUUGACUUUGAGCUAAUCAAAGUAGAAGGAAAGAUGGGAGGCUCUUUAGAGGAUACCUCUUUGGUCAAAGGUGUUGUGAUCGAUAAGGACUUCUCUCACCCUCAAAUGCCUCGUGAAGUGCGCAAUGCAAAGAUUGCAAUUCUCACAUGCCCAUUCGAGCCACCACGCCCAAAGACGAAGCACAAGCUCGAUAUCACAUCUGUUGAAGAAUACAAAAAGCUACAAGAGUACGAAAGGAAAACAUUCGAAGAUAUGAUUAAGCGAGUGAAAGAAUGCGGUGCUAAUAUGGUCGUUUGUCAAUGGGGUUUCGAUGAUGAGGCAAAUCACUUGCUACUUCAACAUGAUUUACCAGCAGUUCGAUGGGUUGGUGGUCCGGAAAUCGAAUUGAUUGCAAUUGCAACAAAUGGAAGAAUCGUUCCAAGAUUUGAAGAUCUAAGUCCUGACAAGCUUGGAACGGCAGGUAUCGUUCGCGAAGUCAGCUUUGGUACUACACGGGAUCGUAUGUUGGUGAUUGAAGAAUGUGCAAACACACGUGCAGUUACAGUAUUUGUACGUGGAUCCAACAAGAUGAUCAUUGAUGAAGCAAAACGUGCUUUGCACGAUGCCAUCUGUGUAGUUCGUAACUUGAUUCGCGAUAAUCGUGUGGUGUACGGAGGAGGUGCAGCAGAGAUUGUUGGAUCGGUAGCCGUUUCCAAAGCGGCCGAUGAGAUUGCCACUUUGGAACAAUAUGCGAUGAGAAGUUUUGCAGCUGCUUUGGAUGCAAUCCCUCUCGCGUUAGCAGAAAAUUCCGGAUACAGUCCAAUUGAAACAUUGGCCGAAGUAAAGAGUCGUCAAAUUAAUGAAGACGAUCCAAAGCUUGGAAUCGAUUGCAUGGGAACGGGUGAUAAUGAUAUGAAAAGAUGCAGAGUUUUUGAUCCUUUGGUUUCUAAACGACAACAAUUACUUCUGGCAAACCAACUUUGCCGUGCCGUCUUGAGAAUCGACGAUGUGAUUGAACAACAUAAUAUCGAAGGUGAAUAAAAGAGGGGAUCGGAAUCUGUACAUCUUGCGACCUAGUCUGUACUAUCUCUUAUACUCAAAAUAG